CAAAAUUCUGGGAUCAAAUGCAACCUAUCCUAGGUUAAUUACUCACUGGAGAACCCCUCCAAAAUGCCUACGCCUCCUUGCGGAGGCUCCGCUACCAAUGUUAAUCUCACCCUGGAGUUGAAUGAUCCUAACCUUGGGGAAACCCGGUCCUCUUGUCCAAGCGGCCUCGCUCUUUGUCGACGAUGUUCGGUCCACCCACCCACCCUUUCGGUAGGUUCGAUCAAAAGGUCGUCAUGCGAGACAUCUGAUUGGUAAGCUUGUGAGCUUCACAAUAUAUGUAUAUGAAUAACCAUACAGAUCUUUUUUUAGCCACGUUUCUUGACUCUUGUGCGAGUGAGAUAUUGCAAGUCAUGCUGUUGCUGGCGUGACACCGAACCUCGCCCGUGGAGUCCAAGAAUGCGCUGUUUGACGCCUCGAAAGGGUCGCAUGUGACUCCAUGUGACUGGUGCAACGGAUUUCGGGGGCUUCGCUGCAAAGCUCGCUGGUGCAAAGCUUGAUUUUUGGGGCAGGAGAGCGAACUCAUUGCCACAUGGCAAGGAAAGCACACUUGGGACAAGGUCGAUGGUCGAGGCAUCUUCCUCAGCCAGGUUUAAUGCUUUUGUUUAGCGCCCCGGACAUCUUCUGCUCGCUUAUGCAAGGUCUUCAUGGAAUUCAGGGUUGGGGCUUGGGUGUCUUGGUUUGGAUUCACACAACCGGAACCCAUUUGGUGUCCCAACCCAUUCAAAAAACUUCACCCAACACUUAGAUGAAAGACACCAUAGAAGACGGUAAAACACCUCCCUUUCAAUCCUUUCAGACAGGGGCUUGAACCCCCAAGAAACGAGAUGAAGAUUUGCCCAUUUGUCCAUGCUCAACUUGCCGAGGAUACUGAAAAGGUCCCUGGUCCUGAGCUGAAGCAGUUGGAACUAGGCAGUGUGGGCAGCUUCGUUCGGAACCACCGGAAGAAGAUCUUCCUCAUUUUCCUUUGCCUUUGCACGCUUCUCGCCGUCCAGCCCAGCUCCCGCUGGUUCGGAGCCGAGCUGAGAGAGGACCGCACGAGCAAGCUGCAAGCGGAGCUCAAGGGAAAAACCGCCGAGCAAAUCCUUCAGUGGGCGGCGGAGACGGUUCCGGGCCUGGUCCAAUUUAGCAGCUUCGGACCUUCGGGCAUGGUGAUCUUGGAUCUCCUCGAUCGCCUAGGCCUCUUGGAGGAGACACGGAUCGUCACGAUCGACACCUUACACCUUUUCCCAGAGAGCUAUGAGCAUCUGCAGAACGUCACCAGAAGAUAUCCCAAGAUGAAGCUCCAGACCUUCUAUCCCAAGGACUUCAUGGAGGGCGAAGGUCAUCGUUUCGAUGAGAUGCAUGGAAUGACUCUUUGGAAGGACGACUUCCAGAAGUACAGUUACCUCACCAAAGUGGAGCCCACCCUCCGUGCGCUGCAACAACUGGCGCCUGGCGGUUGGAUCACCGGCCGUCGCCGGUCGCAGGGUGAGCUCCGAAGCCACCUGCCGGUGGUGGAGAACGAUGCAGGGAGAUUGAAGAUCAAUCCUUUGGCCUACUGGACUUGGGAGGAUGUUUGGCAAUACCUCCACACCCACGAGGUGCCCUACAACGUCCUUCACGACCGCGGCUACAGCAGUGUGGGAGAUGUGAUGAAUACCCGGCCCACCAAGCCAGGGGAAGGCGAGCGCGCAGGCCGCUUCGAGCUGAGCCAGGAGACCGAGUGUGGCAUGCACACACACCUGGCGCGCAUAGCAAAGAAGCGCGCUGAGAGCGCCUCAAAGCGUGCUGAGUUGGAUGAUGCGCCGCACCUGCCCUGUGACACAUGUGUGGAGGUGAACAAGCAGAACUUCGAGGAGGUGGUCCUCAAAACCAAGCAGGAUAUGCUCCUUGAGUUCUAUUCGCCGAUGUGUGGUCACUGCACGCACUUUGCUCCUACCUAUGCGACGAUUGCGCAUGAGCUGAGCAUCAGUGGAGAUGCCCUUCCAGCGAGGAUGGAUCUCUAUCACAACCAGGUUCCACAAAGCGCCAAAGAUGCAGGCUUUGAAAUCCAUGCCUUUCCAACGUUGAUCUUGGUCCGCCCCAUGCAGAAGAAGCUGAAGCUUGUGACCUAUCACCGCUGGAGGAGGGACGUGAAGACGGUGUUGGACUGGGUGAAGGAGGAGCUUACAAAGCCCUUGACUUGAGCUGACCACAAAAACGGCUGGUCUGUGCGCUUCGCGAGCCGAGUCGGUGGGUUAUUCCCCGCUGUGGCGCUAGGGGAAGAUUUACACCUGCAUGACAUGGGUUUCUUAUGUUUCCUUCUUUCUGAUGAUUUGAUACUACUCGCAAUCUUUCCAAGAGGAGAGUGAGUUCGAAGUCCUCUAUCUCAGGUAGUGCAGUUCAAGUACAGCUAAGUGUACAGCUAGAACUGUUUCAGCGGUUUAGUACCAUCCCUUGACACCAUGGCUGCAGACUGCCAGCCAGGGUGUCAGGCGACAGGCGACCAAGAAACUCAGCACCACUUUAGGAGAUAACGGUGAAGUAUCAUUGAUGUGGUAUCAGGCGUUCCAUUAGGUUGGGUGAUGUGUUGCGCGGUGUUCCAUCAAGCCUGAAAGAGAUCCAUUGUUUAUUUGUUGUCUCAUAAUAUGUGUUGACGUUCGCCAGCAAGUUUGAACACUUGAGGUGCAAGUGGUUGACUGUCGUGUACUCAGGUUGCGUCCUUAUGAUAUGACUGUGGUGUCUACCAUGCUGUUCAGAUGCUGGAGCCAUCCUGUUUGGUGACGUUUUGAAAUGAUGAAUUUGUCUAACAGAGACUUAACCAAUGAGGUUUGGUAUCCAUUGCUUUUCUAUUGCUUUGAGAGUUCCCGCGUAAAACCAGACACCCUGAAAGGAAGUCACAUCUAUAAAGACCUAUCAACAUGGUUCAAGGGGGGGUUAGGCAAGAAGAGAUUUCAAUUAUACACGAGACCUUCAAUCGACGAUUUUGAGAGCACUAGGAUCAUCAUGAAAACCCUUGGCAAGCCGAAGUUCGUCGAUGCGGAUCUUUUUCCGGGGCCUGUUCGACACCGGUCGCGCGCCAGGGAGGCUCAGGGCCAGUUGGGAGCUGAGAAUGGCGAGUGGUGAUUGUGGGUGACCUUGGGGUCUCCAUGGCGUCUCCAAUUGGCCCUGAAAGAUGUUCUGAAAUGCCAAAAGAUGGGUCUCCAAUGCCAAAAGACCAGUGGUCUCCAUGGGGUCUCCAAAUGGCCCCUUGGAAGACCAUUUUCCUCUACAAACAGGGGGUUAUCCACUUCCAUGUUAGUUCCAGGGA